CGCAUUUUUCUCAUUUCAUAUGUAUACAAGAGUUGGAUGAUGUGUUAAGUUUAAAUUAUGACAUCAUUUGCAACUAGACUUAAAGAUCCUCGAACAUGUCGUAUUUUUUUCUCUUCACCAUUCAAUGGUAUGGAGGAAGAAAGGGAAGAGUUGACAAGAAAAUAUUUUCCACAAAUCCACCACCUUUGCAAUUCGCGUGGAAUACAAUUUGUGGCAGUGGACAUGCGUUGGGGUAUCACCAGAGAGUCGGCAGAAAGUGCGCAGGUUAUAAAUAUCUGCCUAGGGGAACUCGACAGAAGUGAUCUUUUUAUCGGUUUCUUUGGACAGCGUUAUGGUUGGCAUGGUGCUGAUGAUGAGGUGCUCCAACAUAAUUUUGACAAUGCCGUUGGACAAUACCCAUGGUUGCAUAAGGUGCGUGGAAAGAGUGUCACAGAGUUGGAGUACCUACACGGACACCUCAAUAACCCUGGUGCAUUACCAGCUUGUAUCCUCUUCAGAAGCAAGGAAUAUGAUGAUGCAAUGCAAAAAGAAGGGGAGAGAACUGAUAAUAAGAAGAUGGUAUACAAGUUUUCUGCAGAAAGUCCUCAAGCAGUUGAACUGAUGAAUGACCUGAAGAGGAGAGUUAAAGCUACAGAAGACAAAACUCUUGGUGUACACAUGGAUUAUAAACACCCCCAUGAUGCAGCAAAACUGAUGUUUGAAGCAAUAAUGAAACAUCUCACCGAGGUUCUUCUGGUGUUGGCAAUGUCCGAAGAUCUUUCACCUCGGGCAACAGCUUUGGCUGAACAUGAUGCCUUUAUAGCAAGUCGUGUGAUGGUGUUUGUUGGAGGAGACACUUAUUUCAAACAGCUUGAUGAAGUACUCAGUGCCCAUGAUAAUAAGUCCGUUGUCAUCACAGGAACGGCCGGAUCUGGUAAAUCUGCUCUGCUGUGUAAGUGGGUGAAGCAAGUGAAAGAGGCUAUCGACCCACCUGUUCUUGUCUAUCACUUCAUUGGCUGUGCUGUUGGCAGUGACAAACCAGAAAGCAUUUUAAGAAGAUUAAUCACAGAAGUUGAUUAUGCUCUGCAUAGUUCUGAGGAAAAGAGUUCAGAAAAGGAGUCCUUGCUAGAUGAAACCAAAUUGGACACUUCGAUUACGUCAUUAAUGGACAGUUUGUUAAAAAGUUUGAAUAAAGCUUCACAGCAAGGAAAAAAGGUUAUUAUCAUACUUGAUGGGCUGGACAAAGUUGAAGAAGGUGGAAAAGCAAUUAAGCCUUUGUACUGGCUUCAUGAGACCUUUCCAAGUGGUGUAUCUAUCAUAGUGGCAACUGUUGAUACUGAUAAAACAUCAUUGGAAGAAUUGAUUGAAAAACGACAGUUUGAAGAGUUGAAAAUACAACCAUUGGACAUGGCUGCAAAAUCAGAAAUGGCAAUUAAAACCCUACAUGAAGUUGGCAAAGAAUUUUCCAAACAUCAGCUGGAUAAAGUCAUCAAUGAAGAACAUACAUCUAACCCACUCUUUCUUAAAAUCGUCAUGUCGGAGCUGGCGGUGUUUGGCUAUUUUGCAUUGUUGGAUAAAAAAAUCGAUUCACUAAUAGCUGCAAAUGGUGUCCAAGAACUCUUCCAGAAAUACCUAGAAAGGCUUGAACAAGACUAUAAUGUUAAAGAAUAUCCAGGGAACUUAGUCAAACAGGUUUUCUGUGCCUUGUAUGUGGCCCAUGAAGGGCUGUCUGAAACAGAGAUCACUGAAAUACUUGACAUACCUAGUCACGUUUGGGCACCACUUCACUUUGCCAUGGAGAAGUUUAUCAUCAACCACUCAGGACUACUUGGGUUUGCCUUUAGUGAGCUAAAGCAGGCUGUCCGAGAUAAGUAUUUGAAGGAAGAUAAUGACAGGAUUGAAAUCACAAAAGAUCUGAUAAAAUACUUUGACAAUAAGAGAAAGAAAUUUAAAAUCUGGAUGGAAAUCACUGAUCCUUCAAUAAGACGACCAGCAUUUGAGUUACCAUGGCUGCAGAAAGACAUCAAAGACACCGAUGGGCUUGUGACAACUUUAACAGAUAUGUUUAUUUUCGAAAAGCUCUACAGUGAUGCACAGUAUGAGCUGUUAGAACUGUGGAAGUUUACCGAGGUUAGUUUCACGGAUAUAGCUGAUCUCUACAUUCAGUCGUUUGAUGGGUUUAUUGCUGAUACAUACUCUGACCAACAGGAUAUGCUGUCUUCAACAGGAUCCAAAUCUCCUGGUUACUUGUUGAAGAAUUACUUAAUUAACUUGAGACUGUUCAUGGGUCUGACCGAAUGCUCUCCAGGCAUCAAAAAGAUUAUUUUACGCAUGAUGCGCCUACUGGAGAAUUGUGAGCGUGACUUUGACGAGGAGAGUCUGGAGAGAGAGAAACAUUCAUUGCUGUACUCUCUGGCAUGUAACUACUUGGACACUGGACGUUACGAAGAAGCAGAAUCUCUUCAUUGCAGAGUGAAGGAUUAUUUGGAAAAAUGUUUGAAUAAUGAGCCAUCUGAGGGAAUUGAAAUAUCGCUAGCAAUGUCAUACAAUGGCAUAGGACUUAUUUACCAGCACCAGUAUCAGUUUGAAAAGGCACUCCCGUGGCUGGAAAAGUCACUUGAGCUCCACAAAAAAUUAUGCAACACUAAAAAUGAGGCUGAAAGUUUGCAGACUUGUGGCAUGUGUUAUCUGGAGCUAGGAGAUAUAGAGAAAGCUCUCAGUUUAACGGAGGAAGCCAUCAAGAAAUUUGAAGAGGUUUUCUUUGGUCAAGUUCCUCAUCAAAUUGGAUAUGCCUUGACUAAUUUGGGUAUCUGCUACCGACGGCUUUGGAAGUUUGAUGAUGCUGAAGUGGCAUAUAAGAAAUCACUGCAGGUGAAAGUGGCAGCUGUAGGAUGGGAUCACCCCAGUAUUGCUGUGGCCUUGAUGAACCUUGGCACUUUGGAAUAUAUGAGGGAUAAUUAUGACAAGGCAGAAGACUACUACAAACAAGGAUGUGAUAUUUACCAGAAAAAUGGCAUUCCUGAAGACGAUUUUACAUACAGACAGUUGCUUGAAAAUCUUGUGAAUUCAAUGAUUUAUUCAAACAAGUUUGAAGAAGUUAUGCCGUUAUUUUGGAAAGUUUUCAACAUUAUGACCAAACUGGACCUCAUGGAUCAGUGUAUACCCGACAUUUACAACCGAAUGGCUGGUCACUUCAACAACAAAAAACAGUACGACGACUGCGAGAGAGUCAUCCUGGCUCUGAUGAACAGCAAGCAGAAAACCCCUGUGACCUACGUAAUACUGGAUCUUCUUGAUGCUAACAAACCAAACGAAGGACGCACCAAGCGACCUUACGAAAUGACUUUGGAUUAUGCCUUAUCACAGUAA